GCUCUGGAUUCACCACCAGGAAGCGAGAGUUACCAUCUUCAGGCUAGCUGUUACCUUUACGCGAUGAAGACACAAAAGAAUCGAAAAACAUAACACCAUUUGUCUCAAUUUGGAAAUAAUCGACAAUUUAAAGAGAAAAUACAACAAAUUUAAGGAUUAGCAUAUCCGUAAUUUACCACGUAUUCCGUUAACACUGCUGGAUAUCUGCCUCUUUAGCCAUCUGGCAGACUGUUGCUCGCUAACGUUAGCCGUCUCUCGCUGUUAGCAGGUCGGUUUGUGCCCGGUGAUGGCUGUGGCACAGAGAGUGUGUGUUUUAGCUGGAUAUAUACUCUUACUGCUGGCUGGAUGUAAAGCAAGGAUACAUAAACUGACUCUGAAGGUAAGGAUACUGUGACUUCUAUGAUAUUACAUCGUUUGUCAGAGUCAGGCAGCUAGUCUGCGUUUGUUGGCGUUGACAGAUGGAGCUCAGGACAGGGAGUCUUGUUAUUGUAAGAACUCAUAAAAAUGAAUAAAACAAAAACAGAUGAACUUAGAGAUACCUUAGGAGUUUGGUGUUUACAUAGGUCACAGAAGAUUGUUCCCCAGGCUGAAAGAAGUGGAUAAAAAAUAGACUAAAAUGUGUUUCUAUUCAACUCCAUGGUUUUUAAAGUCAGUGAUCACAGUCAUAUCAAAUAGUCAUCAAUAACCCAAUCUUUCUGGACAUCAAUCAAUCAAUCAGACUUUCUUUGUAUAGCACUGUUAAUACAAGGAGAUCAAUCAAUCUAACUUUAUUUAAAAAGCGCUUUUCCUACAGGAAUGUGACUCAAAGUGAUUUACAGUCAAGUUGAAAAAAAGAACAAAAAACUAUCCUAGAUGCCCCCUUACCCCCAAUCCCCACCUACACACACACACACACAUACACGCCAACGCACCCGCACAUACACACUAGGGCCCGACCAAUAUGGAUUUUUUUGGGGCCGAUACCGAUUAUUAGAGGGGAAAAAAAUCCGAUUACCGAUUAAUCAGCCAAUUUUUUUGAAGUUUUAAAAAUACAUACAUAUAUAUAAAUAGAUAUAGAUAUAGAUAUAUGUAUGUAUGUGUGUAUAUAUAUACUGUAGGCUACUGCUCUUCACGCCAACAGGAAGACCGACUGAUCAAACUCUGAGCAAAUGUUGCUCCUUUUGACUGGAGGGCAUAUCACUGAUCUCAACAUUCUAUAUUAUUAUCCAUGUUACCAAUCCCAGGCUUUCUCGCCUGCUGACAUCAGUCUGAUUACAUUAAUCUUGACACAAAAUGCAUCUAAACUGAGCUGUCUGGUUGUUUUUAACAUGAAGUAUGCCAGUCAAAAGAGUGGUGGUUUUCUGUUGCGGCAGAAGUGUAACUGGUGCGCUAAAAAGGAUAAAAACGCACACACACACACUCACAAUAAAUAACAAUUUAAAAAAGGUGUUACUUUUGGGCCUAACGAAUGACUGCUGACAGCCCAGGUUUGUUGUCCAGAUCCUGUUAUCAUGAAAUAAAGUUUUGUUAUCUCAAGAUACUGGGAUAAAUGAAUCACUUCAGCAUUUCUGUCCCCAAGAUGGAGCUGUCAGGAAAAUAACUGAAAUGAUCUUGUUAUCACAGAAAAGUCAAGUAUGGAAGUAUACAGCACUCGACAGUGCCGCCCUUUCACUCGCAUUUGCAACUAAAAAACAGAUGUGUGUGAAUUGUAAAAUGUAUUUAGGGGCACAUGUGCGCAUUAAAAAAAUCAGCCGAGGCCACCGCUGAUCUACCGGUGUUAUAGCGACUCUCCUGCCCUCCUGUAGUCACUCGUGCAUGCAAGUGGGAGACUGUUUUUGCCGCACUCUUACAAACAAUUGUCAACACGAUGAUCCAUGUUCAGGUGAUGCUCCCGUUUAAUGAUCGCCAAUUCAGACCAAAACAAAAGGAUUAAACUGAUGCAAAAGAACUGAUAAUGUGACAAGGUGAUGCUGCUGGAAAACAAAAACGGUGAGGUGAGUGAUCCUGGCGAGCGGUAAAAACAGCAUGACCCUUCACCCCAUGUGUCACCUGGUUACCUGCCCCCCGUGCCUUUAUAGAAAACGCUGCACUGCCACCAGUGGAGACCUGACGUAACCCAUGACGGACAAACAAACAGAUGUUGCUCCUAUAGGUGUCUUCUCACUCUCCAUAACCAUGAAUAGUAACAGCAGCGCGGUUAGAUCUACUCGGCACCCUCACUGUCAACGUCGGGUGUUGAAUAAGGGACCAUCAAUAAAUUACCUGUUGAUAUUCUCAAGAAAGGCUGUUUUCCUUCAAUAGCUUCCAUGUCAUGUGACCAACAGACCUGAAACUGAUUUCAGAUUAUAGUACUAAUGUCGACCAAUAAGACACACAUUAUUUUAUCAAUUUUUAUCGUGCCCCUAAAGUUCUUUGUGUGCUCCUUACUUUCAAUACUUAUAAUGAUUAUAAGGAGUUGGCACAAACCUGAGCCCUACACCUCAGCUAAUUUAUGAUAAAAGUUAGAAAUCUGCGCACAGAUAAUGAUUUUCCCUCUAAGACUUGAAGCUCUGAAUUUUGUCCAACAGUGUGUCAGUCAGUCUCAAAACAAUCGACAGACUCUGUAACAGUCGGUCGAUACGGCGAGGAGGACAAUAGGAUUAUUCUUAAGUCAAGUGCUGGUUUUCUUGUAUUUGUUUAUUUUAAGAGUUGAAAAAAGAAGCAGAUAUGAACUUGAAUCCCCCGAUGUCUGAACAGUCUGCUCAAGCCUCUCUGAUGUUUUUUUCUUCCUCUUCCCAGAAUGAAACUCGGUCGGCGGUUGACCUCAACAAUUUUGGUUUCUAUGCCAACGGGACUCUGGACGUCAACCUUCAUUCUCUGAGCAUCCCUGAAAAAGUGGUGAACUACAGCCUGAACCCUGUGAGAUCUGUUUUUCUUUUAUAAAUAUGUGUGUGAGUGUGAGUGUGAACAUUUAUUCAUGAGUGCUGGUUUUACUCUUGAGCUGUAGCUGCAACCUUUGUUUUCAACAGGUGAAGUCACGCUCUUCAAAAUAGUCAUUACAGUAAUGAUGAGGAACAAACGCAGGCCCAAGGUGAAAAUAUAAUUUAAAGCAUAAGCGGGGUAAUAAUUUGGAAGUCUGUCAGCCUUAAUUUGAAUCCUUGAAAAAGACCCAAAGCAACAAUGAAUUAAUGUGUUAAGUGUUACCAGAGCAGCCGAAGCCGGAUAGAACUAAAAAUAGAACUUUAUUAAGCCGGACUCAAGGUGAAAUGACCCUCAGUUCAACUUUGUCUGCUUCGUAAUGAAUCUCACUCAAGGCUGUGGUUAUGUAUUGGAGAUGAAUAUGCUCAGGUAUGAGCUAGGGCUGGGUAUCGAUUCAGAUUUUCAAGAUAGAUUCUAUUCAAUAUCACAAGGUCUUCGAUUCAAGAUUCAAUUCUAUAUCGAUUCAGUCAGGGAUAUCAGUUGAAAUAAUGCUGUAAAUUUAACAAGGUUACCAACCUGGUACACUAUUAACCCAAACCAGUUACCUUAAUCAUGUGCUUUUAUUUUAAAUUAAAUUAAAAUAAAUUACAAAGCAGACAAUGUAAAUAAAGUAGCUACAAACAUAAUAAUAAAAAGGUCCUCCAGCUUUUGUGCAAGAAUACCACAGUGGUUGUGAGACACACAACCGUAUCAGAACACGAUCAACUAUCUUUGACUCCUAGAUAAAUGUAAGGGAAUUGAAAUUGUACAAUAAGUCAGGUUUUUUAGAGCAUAAAUUGUAUAUUAACAUACAGUGUAAUACCAAAAAAUGCUGAUCAACAUGUUGAGGAGUAAGGCAGCUCCUUUUUGCCGUGACAGUAUCACCAGCGGUGGGAAAAACCCGCUCGGAUGGGACCCUGAUACCCGGUACACACCGACACCUGCUCCAGGCUGGUCUGUUUGAGGCGUGCUGACUGUUUCUGGCUGAUGUCUCGUCAAAUGGUGGAGAUUCGGACAUUCGUCGUAUUGCCACUGUAUUUUACCUUCCUGUUUCAUAUUUAGCAUAUUCCGUGUUUUGUUUUCUUCCAGUUUGUUAAAUCUGAAAUACAUCCAAACAUUUUAAACUCGUUGGCGGCGCCUUGAGAGGUGGACUCGCCUCCGUCAUAUUCGCUUGACUGCUGGCAGUAACAUCUCACGAGAUGUUGAAAGCAGCGCUAAAUGCUAAUCACACAAGACUAGAAGGGUUUAUACUUCGAGCUGCUUCUCCUGGAAUAGAGAAAAAACUACUCAAAUUAAAAGAUCGAUCUUUGGAUUUUAUGAAUCGAUUAUGAACCAUUUAAAGGAAAAUCGAUUAAAAUUGAUUAAAUCGCCUUAUUAACCCAGCCCUAGUAUGCGCUAAAGUAAGAGUCAGUCCAAAGGCAGUGAGUUACUAAAGCUUAAUUUCCUAGAUCAUCCUUUUUAGAGAAUCUGUUUUGGUCUUUUAGUCAUCAGUGGAUUGGAUAGCUGCGUAUCGAUGGGCUCUGUGAAGAGGGAACGAGAAAGACGUAUGAAAAAAGGUCGAGACUGGGAGUCAAACCUGCAGCUGAUGGAGGGAGGACUAACCCUUUAACUGAGCUGAACUGGUCUCUCUCUCUCUUUGGUCUUGUUUCGUUUACAGACAGUGAAACAAAAACAGCUUUUGCACAAUGUAGGAAUGCUGGGUAUUAUUGAAUGCAGAUUCUAGUUUCAGAAGUGAACAUCUGUGCAGAUACAAAAUGACGUAUGAAAUAUGUGCGUGCAAAGACAGCUUACAUGUGGCAGCAUGUACGUUUGUACAGAUUCCACACAUGACUUUAUGGUCGUAUAUUGAAGUGUUGUAAAUAAAGUAGAUGAGUCAGUCGGUGUCGGUGCUGCUGAACUGGCUUUGAGCAUGUUGGAUGUGUGUUAGUGUCACCGCUACACCGGUCUAAAACUGUCAGGAAAGACUGGGAGCUUUAAUUCAGAGUUGAAUACCAACAGCCAUGAAGAGUGAGAUACAGUAUUUACACAGGACAUGAGCCAUGCACUGACCACAUCUGCACAACUCUCUUUAGGUCGGUUUCAGCCUCUCCAGGUCCCGUGUGAAUGGAGUCUUGACUUACACAGUGAGUACAUUCAGUCCGGAAAAAAUCACUCUGAUUUUGUAAAAAAUGCUUGAAUUAAUCCCACAAACAGGCUCUUUGUAGCCUUUGUAAUAUUUCAGCUCGUAUAAGAAACUGAGUGUGAUUUUUUUUUUUUUUUUAACCUGUUUUCUCGUGUUUCUGUUUUUUAAAACUCCAGGCAGAGGAGCCGGAGAUCUGCCCGCUCACCCUCACAAACGUGGCCAACAAAGAGCCUCUCAUUCUGUUUCUUAUUGAUAUCAACACACGCAGGUAAGUGUCCUUCAGCAACAGCAUCCAGCUGUGUAAGUGUUACCACUGUGAAACCCACUGUAUGAUUUAUUUUUAUAGUGUCACUGUGAAAGCCAUGGGUGAUCAGGACAACCUCCUGAUAGCGAAGCCGAAGACCGAAGCACCCAAAGGUCAGCUCUCACUGUGCCUGUUGACAAAUAGAUGAAACUCACCUGUACAGGGACAUGAUGGAUAACUCAGUGAAUGCUCUAUCUGCUCAUUUGUUUUCUGCAGGUCAGAGAAAGAGCAGAGGUGUUGAUGCUGAGCCCAAGGCUGCAGCAGAUGAAGCUCAAAAACCAGACAGCGAGGACGCGGCUGCAGCCGAUCCAAAAGAGGAACCGAAAGAGAACGAAGAUGUCGACCCGAAGAGUAAAGAUGUGACUGACGGGAAGGCAAACGUCGCAGCUGAAGAUAAAAAAGCGGAUGAAAAGGAAUUCCUGGUAGGAUGUGUUUGUGUGUGUCUGCAGGCGUGAUCUAUUCAUGACAGUGUUUUUAAUCUGCUAAUCUAAUCUGUAUCUGCUCCCAGCUGGGGAAGACCAAACAGCUGACUCUGGCUUUGGGCCAAGUGAACGACCUCUACAACUUCAGCGUGAGUUCUCCUCUCAUAUCUGUUAAAGUGAAGGGUGGAUGUGGUUGACUGUGCCAUCAGGGGGUUUUUCUGUCCUUCCUCCGCAGUUCCACAUGGUGGUGGGCGAGCAGGCGGAGGGUCUUUACAGCCUCAAGUUCCACUACUGUAAGAACAGGAUACCCGGACCCAAACACCCCUACUCAUUCACAGUAAGUCGAGUGAGCUUCAUGUCAGUACAUGCGCGCUCAGGUGUGUUUGUGUGUGUGUGUGUGCGUUAAUCUGAAUGUCUCCUCCGCAGGUGGAGGUGGUAGAGACGAAUCCAGGCGGCUACCUGUCUGCUGCAGAGAUUCCUCUGUCUCGCCUUUACAUCGGCAUGGCGGGAGUCUUCUUCACCGCCGCCUUAGUCUGGGUGUACACGCUCAUGAAGCACAGGUACAUGCACAUACAUCAGCGCUCAUCCUGUCGUGUUUUUGGAUCUGAAGAUCACGAUAUGCAGAGUUGGAAUUUUGUUUAAUCUUUAGCAACAGCAUAUUAUCAACAUGGCAGACGUUGUUUUUAUCGAUUUGUUCGGUUGGUUUGUUGUAACAUCCCGUUGUGAAAUUGGUGCAAUAAGAUUAGGGAAGAAAGGAGCGUGCAGAGCAGCAUUUAUCAGGUACAAAAAAAUUACGUUUCUUCAAAUAUUAAAGGGAUAGUUCAGUAUUUUUGAAGUAAGUUUGACAGUAUCAGGUGUACAGACACAAUGGAUGCCGAUCCCUUUUACCUUCCUCUUGUGUUAGCUUUCACUACACACCCACUAUGUCAACAGGUCAGUUUCAACCCAUGAAUUAUAAACAAUUCUCUAUCAUCCAGUUUGGUUCUCAUCUCUAGGUUACCUUGUUAGGCUUCAUAUGUCCGUGUAGAUUCUCAUUCAUCCAGGUCAUGGUUUUCUUGAAGACUUAAAAAACAGGCAACUGGACUGUGAAGAGUUGAGAAGACGUUUCGCCUCUUAUCCAAGAAGCUUCUUCUAGUUAUACCAACUUUAGUAACGACCACACGACAGCAAUACACAGCGGUCUACGUCUCCACGUACAAAUCUCAACCAAAACACCACUCUAUAGCCACAAAUAAUGCUCAGGACAGCUCCUAACUUCAUCAACAGGACAUAUAGGGUCACAGCCAUAGUACUAGACACCAAACAUCUUUUUAACUUUGACUCAUUUCUUUAGCAAAGAGACUAAACACAACUCACCCACUCUCCUCCAGCAGCUGCUUGUUUGUAGGGGGAGCCCUGACAAGUCAAUCACUUGUCACUCCUCUCUCUCCUACCUCAGCUUGUCAGAAAUGAGUCAAAGAUAAAAAGUUGUUUGAUGGCUAGUACUAUGUCUGUGACCCUAUAUGUCCUGUUGAUGAAGUUAGGUGCUGUUUUGCUAAAGAAACCAUUAUUUGUGGCUAUAAAGUGGCGUUUUGUUUGAGGUUUGUGUGUGAAGACGCAGACCGCUGUGUAUUGCUAUCCUGCGGUCGUUACUAAAGUUGGUAUAACUAGGGAAACAAGCAGUCGGCAACAUUCAUCUCUGGAGGGGGUGUCUAACUCUGUGUUUUAGCGUGUUUGACCCUAACUUAAUCUUAUACUGGAAUAUCCCUUUAAUGUUUAUUGAAUUUUGACCACAAGUCACAUUCAGACACAACCAAAACCUUCCUUGAGGGACCCUAAAGUCAGUAAAGAAUAAAAAUAAUGAAAAUAAGAAAAAUACAUUUGAUGUUGUGACUGAAAGCUCUGCAUAAUAAACAACAAAUAAAUAAACCAGUCGUACUUUGUGGUUAAGAGUUUAUUGAAGAAAACAGCUGAUCAGAGCUUUUUGUUUUGAGCGUGUAAAUCCUGAUCACUUCCUCGACUCUGGGCCUCGGUCUGUCAUCAGGAUCCAUGUGCUAAAACUGCGCUCUGGACAGAUAACAUGUUUCUGCAUUAAUCUGUUCAUCAUCGAGCCUCAAACAGAGUUUAAUCAGCGCCUUAUGAAAUGCUCUGGUCUGCAGGUACAGCGUUUUUAAGAUCCACUGGUUGAUGGCGGCGCUGGCCUUCACCAAGGCCACGUCCCUGGUUUUCCACAGCGUGAGUAAAUCCUCCUUACAGAGCAGACUUCUGUUGUCAUAAAUGUUGUUUAUAUUCGUCUUUUACAGCCUCGUCUUUGUCGACUGUGUUUACUCUUUCUGUUCUGCUCACCGUAGUCUCAGCACACCGAGUCUUUGUCUUUAAUCGGAGCCUCUCCCUCUCUCUCUUCAUCCCUCAGAUCAACUAUCACUUCAUCAACACCGAGGGACAUCCCAUCGAAGGCUGGGCUGUCAUGUAUUAUAUCACCCACUUGUACGUAUAACUCGGCCAGGAUGUAAAGGGUUAAAUCUACGCCGCUCUCUUGUGUUGUGGUUUUUAAAGUUUGGACUGAUGUGUUCUCCAGACUCAAAGGAGCUCUCCUCUUCAUCACGCUGGCACUGAUCGGCACCGGCUGGGCUUUCGUUAAAUACAUCCUGUCAGACAAGGAGAAGAAGAUCUUCAUGAUCGUUAUUCCUCUGCAGGUGUGUGCAGAUAAGACACAGUCACAGUGGGGGGAUUAUUUAGACUCUUUCUGAGUGUGUGUCGAUGAUCGUCCCACGUCUCGUCCUCCAGGUUCUGGCUAACGUGGCCUACAUCAUCAUCGAGUCCACAGAGGAAGGCUCCAGCGAGUAUUAUCUGUGGAAGGAGAUCCUCUUCCUGGUCGACCUCAUCUGCUGCGGAGCCAUCCUCUUCCCUGUUGUCUGGUCAGUGUGUGUGCAGUCCCUCUAAUGUGUAUCAGUUACACUUUCCAUUUACGAAAAUACAUGGAAAAUUGAGUUUAAACUGGUUUUUAAACUGGGGCUGGGUGAGAUGAUGGGGACGCUUAGACCAUCAUGGCUCCUAAAUUCUCCACUGAGGGUGCAGGCUCAGGGCUCAGGGUGGGAUAGUGAUGGUUUCACAGCUCGCUGAAUGAUGACCAGCCAAGACAGAGAUGAUCAGGAGAGGAUUCAGUCAUCAGAACACAGUUAUCUUUAAAAAAAAAGAAAAGAAAAAAAAGCAGGCGGGGGAAGAGUUAAGUUCUGAAAAAUAACCCUGAUUUUGAAAGUAGGACACCGUUACCCAACUGUAGGUGUUGUUUUAUGGCUAAAUAAACCAAACAUGUCUCUUUCACUGCUGUAUCUGUGAUUUUUGAACGUUAGUGUCGACUAGGAAGCAGCUGAAUGUGAAUGUUUUCUUAUUUGUCUCUAGUCUAAUGAAAGAAUAGUGAAGUGUUUUUGUUCAUGCCAAAGUCAGAUGGUGAACUAUGUCUCCGACUUGCCCAUCAACAAGCAAAAAAAUUAAUGUCAGGUCGACUCGGGAGAUCCCGACCUGUCAAUUUGACCAACAUGAUAACAUUAGAAAGAAGAGGGCGGGGCUAGUUACACCUGCACCUGUAAAUGGAAGCCAUCAGGGAUGUUGUUUCCAGAGCUCAACAAACUUACCAUCUGUCAUGUAGCUCUACUCUAACUCUCUAAGUCUCAUUUUCUCUGCAGGUCCAUCCGUCACCUGCAAGAGGCUUCCAGCACUGACGGCAAAGGUGAGGAUCCUCAUCGGACACAGCCUAAAGAUGAAAAAAGCCGUACAGUUAAAAGUUUGUUAAUAAAGUUGGAUCUCUGUCUCUUUUAGCUGCCAUGAAUCUGGAGAAGCUCAAGCUCUUCCGGCAUUAUUAUGUGAUGGUAAGAAUGAGUUUGGAUCAGAUUCGAUGACGCCAACAGUCAAAGAAGUGCUGCAUGAAUCCGAUUUGUUGUUCGCUGGCAUCAAUUAUUAAUCUUGAACAAAUGAACUGAGUCAUGGCAGCUGGCAGGGAAAGCCACAGCAGCAGAAUCACCGCGUCAGAGCCAGAAUAAAAGCUUCACUGGCUCUCAGUAUCUCACCCACACAAGUCAAAAUAGAUAUUUUUAUAAUAACGGGUUAAACUGCAGUCGUUGAAUCCUGCAGCUGUGUCUCAGUAAAUGAUAAAUACUCUUGUUUCUGUCUUUUCAGAUUGUGUGUUACAUCUACUUCACAAGGAUUAUAGCCAUCCUGCUCAAGGUCACCAUGCCUUUCCAGUGGCAGUGGUGCUACGAGGUGAGACCAGCAACGAAUGAUGGACAAUAAAAACUUUGACUUUAUGCUUGUUUGUAGAAAGUCGAGUACAUCCUGUUCCUAUUUUUAAUCAAACACAAACACACAAAAAUGUCAUUCAGCAGUGCUGGGGCGUCCACCAGGAUGGUAUUUGUUAAUACGUCACUUAUUAUUCAGCUGUGAGGAUUCAUUGGUCCAGCUCGUCUGUAACACUCUCUCUCAUGUGUCCUCAGUUUCUGGUGGAAGUGUCGACUCUGAUCUUUUUCGUGUUGACGGGCUACAAGUUCAGGCCAGCGUCCAACAACCCCUACCUCCAGCUUCCCCAGGACGAGGAGGACGUAGAAAUGGAUGAAGUGUAAGCAGACAAGAUCACCUUCUCAGUUUUUACUGCCUUUAUUUACACCAGAAGGUCCCGUGAACCCCAGACAUCCAAAACACAUACAACUGUCAGUCAUGCUGUCAUUUCCUGUGACAUCCGUUUAAACCACUUUAAAGGUCCUUUCACACCAGGAGCGAUUAUUUUUGUUGUGCGAUUAUUUUGGACGUCAAUAUUUUUUUUCGAACCUGUUCACAUCAGCGACAUUUUCCCGUCCUGCGAUAUUGCAGCCUUUAUUUUUUUCGGAUCAUGGUUGAUUUUUUCUAAAGUUUCACAUACUGUGUGUCCACUUCUGACCAAUCAGAUUGCGUGUUGUUGCGACGUCUGAUUCACCGGUAUAUCCAACAUGGCCGACCGGCUGAUUGUUUACGUGUCGGAGAACAGAGACACAAAUGUUACAAAGAUAACGACCUGAAGGACAACAUAGCGUUGGAUCUCUCAUAUGACGAUGGUUUGUGUGUUUUAACAGUAUGCAAAACACCUUUGUUUUAACUUUCAUCUGUGCUAACGUAAGCUAACGGUUGUUACUAUAGUUUCAUGUGCUUAUCUUAUCGCCUCUGAUUGGCUAUAAGUGCUGACCGUUUGGCUUGAGCGUGUGAUGACGUUUCCAGCUUUUCUAGCCAAUCAGAGGCGAAGGAGGCGGGAAAGAGGCGUGGGAAAAGUCUUCUUGCGUUGCGUCUUUUUCCCCCCGGAAAGUCGCAAAAUCCCAUCAGGCUUAAUGUGUAAAGUCAAAAAUCGCCUCUGAAUAUUUUGCAAUUUUGAGUUCUAUAGAACCUUAGUCUGUUUCAUCUGUAAUACCGGGAAGAAACAAGACAGCAAUAACUUUGAAUUAAAGCUGAUUCUUAAAAAGCUAAGCGCGCCCCAUGUAUGGGGUCUAUAGUCCCCGCAGUGGUCACAGGUUCAAUUUCCAGCCCCGACCAUUCCCUGUAUUUCUCAACAGUACAGAGUGACUGAAUAAUCGGUUCUCCUUUUGUCUCUUUGCUCCCAGAGUGACUGAAUCAGGCGCACUGGAGGGAAUUUCCAAAGUCAAGAAAACUUCUAACGGACGUGAUCGCCAGAGAGAGUCCAGCUUGUGAGCGUGGAGCUGCAUCAUGGGGGCAGGAGGCGGCGAGGAGGGGGGGCCCAGUAAACAUCCCCAGGGAUACUCAUGGACCAAGGCUCCCCGCCCGAACAUCCCCUCGCAGUGACGGCUUUACCUUUUGAACUCUCGAAGUGGUUGCAGCCCACUGUCUGGCUAUGCAAAAAAAAAAAAAAAAAAAAAAACACUCACUCUGUUUCCUCGGAGCACUCCACCAAGAAACUCUGAAAGCUCGUGCUCCUGCCACAUGAACGGACGGAUGGAGAUACGGAAAAGGAGCUCUGAUGCUCUUCGAUUUCUCUCUCUCUCUCGCUCUCUCUUUCUCUCUAUCUCCAAAGAUCACGGUCAUUUUAGAGGAAGCCUUGCUUUCCUUUGUGUUUAUAUUGGCUAUUUAAAACGGUACUUCUGCGAGCCUCUGCUGUACCUUUACGUGUGUGAUGUGAGUACAGGUGCUUGUGAGUGUGCGUGUGCGUGUGCGUGUGUGUGUGAGUGCGUGUGAAUGUAGAAUAACACAAGGUUUUGACACAGCUUGUUUUCCUCUUCCCUUUGAAGACAAUGGCCCGCACUCAGGUAAAAGGCUAAUCAGUAUAUAUUUCAAAUUUAGACGACUGUGUACACACGUUUCUCCUUCCUGCUGUUCAGGGCUCGCUAACAUCCCACUGGUGAUUGUUCGCCUUCAUUCCCACACAGUUUUUCUUUCCCUAAAGUUUGAUUUUAUACUGAAAUAUACUGUCUGGGCGUCUGAGGUUGAAUAUUUCAGUGUAUAAACUUUUGAAAUAUUGAAGUGUCACAUUUCAGUAUUAUGGUUUAUGUUGGAGAGAUCGCGGUCCUUCAAACGGACUGCUGCUGUAAUUUAGAGCUUUAGUGGUUCAUCGGCUCGGUUGUGUUCAAACAUGGCCUUUUUGUUGUUCUUUUUUGGCAAAGAAGUGACCUAAUCCAUCUUUAUUUUUAAAUUUGUCUGCUUUCAGUUUUACCCUCUUUGCUCUUGAUGUGAAGCUUAUUUUAUUAAUUAUUGAAGACUUCUGGUGAAAGAUCGGUUCUGUGUGCUGCAGUACGGCGGGCAGGCGGGCGGGGUAGACGGCCAUUUGUAAAUAAUUUACAGAGGAAGACUGUUGAUACAAAAGGAGGCACAUAACACUUUCAUAAGAACUGCUUAGAGGCUUUAGAGUCAGCGACAAUGACAAAAGCUCAGUUUCAGUUUUGAUUCCUAAAAUAGACCCAGGGGGGUAAUGAGUUCAAAGAAUAAAGGAAAGACUACUGAAAUUUGUUCGCAGACAAAGUUUACAGACUGUUCAGGCUCUGAGAGGACAGCGGGAAACAGUCUACAAACCAGAAGAGGUUUUGUGCUUGUUGCAGACUGAUGUUUGAUGUCUGUGUGAACUGUCACAAUAAAGCUGGUGUUUUGGAAAGGACUUAAAUCAUGUUGUU